ACGCGGAUCUACGGUGCUUAAAUACGCCCAUCCUCCGCCGUCCAACCCUUUUUUUUUUCUUGUUCCCAUCCCCCGCCCACCUCUCCCUGUACCAGCCAUCCAGGUAUCGUUGCUGCGGUCGACCGAAACAGAGUUUCACAGCUCUCGGGGACAAAAGAACCAAGAUAAAGAAAGGGGGACCAAGAUACCUUUCCCUUUCCCACCUUCUGUCCGUCUCCAAUCCAGACGCCCCCCCAACACAGUCGGCAACAAAAAAAAAAAAUGGUCGCCGCACCCCUCCUCGCCCUCGCGGCCCUCACGCCCCUCGCGGCCGCCCACUUCGGCCUGACGCAGCCGGCGUGGCGCGCCGACACGCUGUCCGACACGGCCCCGCCCCGCUACUCGCAGUGGACGUACCCGUGCGCGGGCGUGCUGUCCAACGACACGGGCGUCAACGUGACCGACUGGCCGCUCGACGGCGGCUCCGUCGUGCUGGACCUGCACCACGACUGGACCUACCUGCACGUCAACCUGGGCCUGCUCCUCGGCGACGACCAGAGGGCCACCGUCACGAGCUUCAACAUGUCCCUGACCGGCCCCACCUUCUGGAACGUCACGGGCAAGGGCACCUUCUUCAUCGAAAAGGUCGCCCUGCCCGCGGGCUUCACGCCCAGGGAGGGCCAGAGGGCUAGUGUUCAGGUCAUCACGCCGGGCGCUACCGGUUCUGCGCUGUACAACUGCGCCGACAUCCGCUUCACGCGCAACGCCACCAGGCUCUCCUCAAGCCAGUACAAGACCUCGGACGGCAUCUCCUUCUACCAGGUCCAGUCCGGCGCGGGCAACUCCACCAGCACCGGCGGCAGCGGCGGCGGCUCGACCACGAGCCCGGCCGCCGGCACGACCAGCUCCAAGCCUGCCGGUGCCGGCGCCAGCCUCGGCGUCAACGGCGUCGUCCUGGGCUCCGUUGUCGGCAUGGCUGGCGUCUUUGUCUACGGCCUCGGAUGGUAGACGGCAUGGGCUCUGACUCGGAGAGAGAGGCGGGGUUUGGAGAAAGAGCUCUGUCCACCUAAUCUAUAUACCUAUCUACCUAGCUAGGACGGGGGGACUCGCGCGAUGGCUUAAUAUGAGAGAGGGCCAUUGUUGAAAAGGAAAGACACCGAGUGGCCAGGUGGCCGAUCAAAGAAGCAUAAACACAACGCAAGAGACAAAAACAAUGAAAAAAAGA